AUGGAUAUGAGAGAAGCGAUGAAGAAGCAAAACGAAGUCGUGAUGUUCCUUGCGAAGCACGUAUUCGCUUCAGAGGCCACACACUCUAACAUCGUCUUCUCGCCUGCCUCAAUAUACUCUGCUCUCACUUUGGUGGCUUCUGGUCCAGGCGAUCCUUAUCAGAUCCUCUCCUUGCUGAAGUCUUCUUCAACCGAUGAGCUCAACGCCGUCUUCACCGAGAUCCUUUCCGUCGUCUAUGCUGGCGGUAGCGCCGCCAAUGGCGGACCGGAGAUCUCGUCGGUCAAUGGCGUCUGGAUUGAGCAAUCGCUCUCGAUUGAUCCUAAGUUCAAGGAUCUUUUCGAGAAUUUCUUCAAAGCUGCUUUCGGUUGCGUAGAUUUCCGAUCAAAAGCCGAAGAAGUGCGUAUGGAGGUAAAUUCAUGGGUUCAAGAUCGAACCAAUGACCUAAUCAAGAAUCUUCUUCCUCACGGAUCCGUCACAGAAGAAACCGAAUGGGUUUAUGCAAACGCAUUAUACUUUAAAGGAACAUGGAAGCAGCCAUUUGAAGAAGACGACACAAGAGACAGAAAGUUUCAUCUUCUAAAUGGCUCAUUAGUGUCUGUGCCAUUCAUGACCAGCAAUGAAGACCAAUACGUAAGCGCCUAUGAUGGUUUCAAGGUCCUUAGGCUCCCUUUCCUGCGCGGAGGCAAUGGUGAUACCAACCGCGAAUUCGCAAUGUAUUUCUAUUUACCGGACGAGAAAGAUGAUGGAUUGGAUAAUCUUGUGGAUAAGAUGGCAUCUAUUCCUGGAUUCUUGGAUAGUCACAUUCCGAGACGAGAAGUUAAAGUUGGGAGAUUGAGAAUCCCAAAGUUUGGGAUCUCGUUAGGGUUUUUAGUUUCGAAGGUUUUUGAUCGAAUGGGAUUGUGUUUGACGUCGUCAUUGUACCAUAAGGCUUGUAUUAAGAUCGAUGAAUCAGGUGUUGAAGCUGCUGCUGCCUCUGUUGAUGAAUCCUGUGGUUGCUAUUUUGGUAUGGAGCCUCCGAAGAGGAUAGAUUUUGUGGCUGAUCAUCCGUUUCUUUUCUUGAUUAGAGAAGACAAAACUGAAACCGUUUUGUUCGUUGGUCAAAUCUUUGAUCCCUCGGAAUCUUCGUACUAA